AAGGGCGCUGGGCGUCGCACGUGUCCGGAGGCGGCGGGCGGUCCCAUGGCGAGCUCAGCGGGGCUGGCACUGUGUGCCCAGACGCUUGUGGUUCGGGGAGGCAGCCGGUUUCUAGCCUUCUCCACUGCGAGCAGUGAUGAUGACUGCAUCUUCACAUACGACUGCAGUGCUGCAGAGAAGAAGUCUGCGCCAGAAGAUAAAGGGGAGGACGGACAGCCCACAGACAGGGGGAGUGACACGAUUCUGGCGUCCACCUUCUCCAAGUCUGGCCGCUAUUUUGCUUUAACUGAUGACAGUAAGCGUCUGAUUCUUUUCCGUACAAAACCAUGGCAAUGUCUGAGUGUCAGGACGGUGGUGCGGAGGUGCACUGCCCUGACCUUCACAGCCUCAGAAGAUCGGGUCUUGGUAGCUGACAAGUCUGGAGACGUCUACUCCUUCUCUGUGCUGGAACCGGAUGGAUGCGGCAGGCUGGAACUUGGGCACCUCUCCAUGCUGCUAGACGUGGCUGUGAGUCCUGAUGACCAGUUUGUGCUCACUGCAGACCGGGAUGAGAAAAUCCGGGUCAGCUGGGCUGCUGCUCCACACAGCAUCGAGGCUUUCUGCCUGGGACACACAGAGUUUGUGAGCCGCAUCUUUGUGGUGCCCAGUCAUCCUGAGCUGCUGCUUUCUUCCUCUGGGGAUGGCACCCUGAGACUCUGGGAGUACAGAAGUGGUCGCCAGCUGCAGUGCUGUGACCUGGCCAGCCUACAGGAGCCUGGAGAGCACCCAGGCCACAAGGGGUUGGCGGCAUCCAGGAUUGCAUUCUGGGGACAGGAGAGCUAUGUGGUGCUUCUGUGUGAGUGCGUUCCUGUGGUCUUCGUCUUCCAGCUUGAUGCCAGCAGACAGCAGCUGGUGUUCAGACAGCGGCUGACUUUCCCUCACCGAGUAUGGGAUGUUGUAUUUGAGGAGACCCGGGGGCUGUGGAUUCUACAGGACUGCCGUGACGCCCCUCUGGUGCUCUGGAGGCCAGUGGGCAGUGAGUGGCAGGCUGUUCCAGAUGGUGCUGUGUCCCAGAGACUCUGCAGCCAUCUCCAUGAGAGCUGGGCCAUGCUGGAAGGCUCUGUAGGUGCAGAUGAUGGCUUCCGCAGCCUGUACAAGGCCACCUUUGACAACAUGACUUCUUAUCUGAAGAAAAAAGAAGAGAGACUGCAGCAGCAGCUGAAGAAGCGUCAAAGGAGCCCCCUUCCAGGGUCCCCAGAACAGACCAAAAAGGCGUGCCCAGGGCAGUCAGCCCUUAGUUGCUGACCUUGGGCUUGGCUAUAGCUCUCAUCCCUGAGGCCCCAUGGGCAUCUCUCUCCUCCCUUCUGCCUGGCUCAUGCCCAAGGAGGGAGAUCGUGGCAGCUCAGUCCCCACCACUAGCUCAAGUCUCCAGAGACUCUGUCACCGAGCACAGGUGCCUGCCUGGUGCAGGGAAGACAGGUGGUGUCAGCUUAGCAAUGAGUCUAUAGCUGUGUGGAAGCACCUUCACAUUGAAGGAUACACUGACCCACAGGACCACGCACGUCUGUCAAUGCCCACAGUGACAUCCCUGGGAUCUCUAGGGAGGCCUGCAGGCAGGACUUGCCUUUACCUCAGUGCCGUUGGCUCUUUGGUGAAGCUGUGUGUGGCUCACGGAGCUGCUUGCUGUUAUGAGGCAGAUUCAGUUGGUGCUGGUUCCCUAACGCUGCACUCCUGAGCAGACCAGACGGAGCAAACAUCAGGGCUAUGAGGGUGUGACCUUGGCGGGCCAGCCUUGUUUUACAGGAAUGAUGGUCACCUUGUGGCUCUGUUGCUUUGAACUCUGCAUAAAGUGCAGAACAGAAGGGAUUGAACAGUACACAGUGUCAAUAAAGACAAGCUUUGCAUAGCUUUCUCGAAUGUUCA